CUACAAAACUUUAGCACCUCUAUAUGCAUAUAGGUCGUAGCUAUACAAGCCUAAGUUCCUAUUAAUCCUAAUAGAAUUGACAAUUUCUUUUUUUCUUCUUUAUUGAAUAGAAAAUUAUCUAUUUUCUUCAUGUUUCAAUUUUUUUUUCUAUAAAAAGAAUCUAUUCAAGCUCUCAGUGCUGGAAAUAUCUCUUAGCUCGUCGAUUGACCAUUCCAACACCACGUAUCAACCAUCUUCAACUCUGUUAUAUCUUUUUUUGUAGUACUUUGAACUGGUACAUUGAAUGUAUCAACUGCCUACAUCAACAGAUUCUACCGGAUUAGGCCAUGUCCGAUGAGCGGAGACCGUCGGUGAUUGACGGCCACUUCUCUUCUCCUGCAUUCAAUGCCUCACCGAAAAUCUCUUCUCUUUCUCUUGGUUACUUUGUAACUCCACUUAUUAUUCGGUUCAGGGCCCGUUCUUGGGGUGUGCUGAGUGUGCAAAAGCACAAAGUCCCAUUUUUUUAAUUAUUUUUUUUUGUAUUUGAGAGUCCAAAAUAUUCAAAUAAUUAUAAAAUAGAAUAUAAUUUUUUAAGUGUUAAACAUUUAGGCCAUCAUGCAAAAAAAAAUUGGAAUAUAGCACAGGGCCCAAUCCCCAAUUUAUUCGGGUUAUAAUUUCCUUCUAAAAAUCUAUUGAAAAACUUAAAAAAAAAAAAACAAAUUCUCAUCAUAGCGUCUAGGUCUGGGUGUUCAGGCUAAAUGGUUCGGUUCGGUUUGGAACUACUAAUUUUUGGGUUGUGUGGAUUGGAGAAAACUAUUCCAAAUUAAACCGAACUAGAGUUUGAUUCGGAGGUCCUAAAUUCGAUUCGGUAACACUUUUUUUACAUAAACAAUUUUGGUUUAAUGGGCCAAGAAAGAAGAAGACAAUCUGACACAAGCACAAGUCAUAACACUUAAUGCAAUGUGAAAAAAAUUCAAGAAGUAAAAUAAAACAAAAUCAAGGGAACGAGAUUUACAAUCUAGUGAUCAACUCUCCAAAAAGUUUCUUUUUUUUUUUUUACUCUCUCUCUCGUUGCAAGCAAUAUAUCACAAAAAGAAUCGGCAAUAUAUUAUCAAACGAAAAAAACUGGUCAUGCACCGACUUGAACCCUAAACUAAACUCUAUAAAACUUUCAAUUUUCUUCUCCUUUCUUUCUCUCACUUUCAGGUUCUGACUCGUUUCGAAUUUGAAGAAACAAACCCUAUAUAGAACAACACUGUUACAUUCCAAAGAUGGAAUCAAACGAAGAAUACAUCAAGUUUUUAGGUGAAGGUGCUUACAGUUUUGUUGAUCUCUUCAAGUACACAAAAAGCGACGGCUCUUCGUUUCUCGCCGCCGUAAAAAGCUCCGAUGAAGAAGACUCUCUCCUUACAGAGAUUCGGAUUCUUUCCGAACUCAGAGGAUGUCCGAGAAUCAUACAAUACUUUGGUAACGAUUUGGAAGAGGGUUUUGACUAUAAGGGAAACAGAGUCUACAAGUUGCUUCUUGAGUACGCAACCGAAGGUAGUUUAAGCGAUUUCAUGAAUAAUUACACAGAUAGAAAAUUACCAGACUUGAUGAUAAGAGACUUCACGCGUAUGAUUCUCGAAGGUUUGGUAUCAAUUCAUAGCCACGGUUAUGUUCAUUGUGAUCUCAAGUCAGAUAAUCUCCUUGUCUUCAAGUGUAGAGAUUCUUACGAAUUGAAGAUUUCUGAUUUUGGAAUCUCGUUAGAAGUCGGAGAAAUUCCUGAUCACUGGAAAAUCGAAUACCCUUUUGUUGGAACCCCUAAUUACAUGCCGCCGGAGUCUCUUCAAGACGGUGUUGCCAAGAAAACCCUAGAUUUGUGGUCAUUAGGGUGUUUAGUGUUGGAGAUGUAUGUGGGUAAGAAGCCAUGGCUAGGGUUUAAUCCUGACGAUUUUGUGUCUAUCCUCUCUAAUGGUAAUGCUCCAGAGAUUCCCGAGAGUUUGCCUUGCGAUGCAAGGGAGUUUAUUCAAACGUGUUUCGCAAGGAACCCUAAGGAGAGAGGUACUGCCUCUGAGCUGCUGUCUCAUCGGUUUUUGCGUCGAGGAAAAUGGAAAUCGAAGAUGACUACUCCAUUUAACCGGCUUAAGUUUAAUAAAAUUUUAAAUAAAUUCUUGAGGUUGAAGAAUUUCCUCUGAAACUGUGUGCUGAAUUUACUCUGUUACUCUAGUAGAUCGUUUAUUUUGCAAGUAGAUCAACUUACGUUAUGAUGCAAAUAUAGAUCUCAUCUCUUAAUCUUGUAUGUAAUGACACUAUUAAUAUAGUUUUUCUUUGAAGAA